AACACGAGCGCUCACGCUCGCGCGGAAUAACACUUUAACGAAUGCAUACUGAUGAAUUUGGAUUUAUCGUGUCAGUUCGGACCCGAGCGUUUUCGGUCUUUAAAUCGAUGUCGGAGUUAUCUCUCUGGAUAUAAGCCGAAACACCAUCAACAUCAGCUGAACGGAAAGACCUCAGCAAAGAGGCAAAUUAUGCCAGCAGUACCAGAGCCCCUGUCUCUGGUGACGUGCCAGCCUGUUGGUGAGACCCUCCGCUCCUGCGCCCACCCCUGUGCCCUCUCCCCUGGCAGGCCCAUGCUGGUGGACGCCCCAUGCAGGCCCACGCCCACACCAUGAGUGCCAACGGCCCUGCUCCGCCUGCCGCGCCUCCUGCAGCUUCGGUGGCAGUUCCGGUGACCGUACCCUCGGUGAUACCCGUGGGCUCGCUGGCACAGAAGAAACGGCAGCAGUAUGCCAAGAGCAAAAAGCAGGGCGGUUCGGCCAACACGCGGCCGCAGAGAGCUCUCUUCUGCCUCAACCUCAACAACCCCAUUCGCCGGGCCUGUAUCAGCCUCGUGGAAUGGAAGCCAUUUGAUAUCUUUAUAUUGAUAGCAAUUUUUGCCAACUGCAUGGCCUUAGCUGUAUACAUCCCCUUUCCUGAGGAUGACUCCAACUCAACCAACCACGAUCUGGAAACAGUUGAAUAUGCCUUCCUUAUCAUUUUCACGAUCGAAACCUUCCUGAAGAUUAUAGCGUAUGGCUUGGUGAUGCACCAGAAUGCAUAUGUCCGAAAUGGAUGGAACAUGCUGGAUUUCGUCAUUGUCGUCAUUGGGUUGUUUAGUGUUGUCUUGGAAGUUUUGACCAAAGAUGGAGAGAAGGAUGCUGCUAAAGCCCACCCGCCUGUGCACGGCCAUGGAGGAAAACCUGGAGGUUUUGAUGUCAAAGCCCUCAGAGCCUUUCGAGUGCUGCGACCGCUUCGUCUGGUCUCAGGAGUGCCCAGUUUACAAGUGGUGCUGAACUCCAUCAUUAAAGCCAUGGUUCCUCUCCUUCACAUCGCUCUACUGGUUCUGUUUGUCAUUAUAAUCUAUGCCAUCAUCGGACUUGAGCUUUUCAUCGGAAAAAUGCAUGCUACCUGUUACUUUAAAGGGACAGAAUUAAUAGCAGAGGACGAACCAGCUCCGUGCGCUGUUAACGGUCAUGGCCGCACAUGCCCCAUUAACGGUACAGUAUGCAAGGAGGGCUGGCAUGGACCCAAUGGAGGCAUCACAAACUUCGACAACUUCAUGUUUGCCAUGCUAACUGUGUUUCAGUGCAUUACGAUGGAGGGCUGGACAGAUGUACUUUACUGGAUGAAUGAUGCUAUGGGUUUGGAGCUGCCGUGGGUGUACUUUGUCAGUUUGGUCAUCUUCGGCUCUUUCUUCGUCCUGAACCUGGUUCUGGGUGUGUUGAGCGGAGAGUUCUCUAAAGAACGAGAGAAGGCGAAGGCUCGUGGAGACUUCCAAAAGCUACGUGAGAAACAACAGCUGGAGGAAGAUCUGAAAGGUUAUUUGGAUUGGAUCACACAGGCAGAAGACAUCGACCCGGAGAACGAGGAGGAUGAUGAGGAGACCAAACGCAAUCGGGUUACACUGGCCAGCCUCAUGGGGAAGAAGAAGAAAGGGUUUGGCUGGUUCAGCCAGUCCUCUGACACUCAUGCAAGUAUGCCUGCAAGUGAGACGGAAUCGAUGAAUACAGAAAACGAAAAAGGAGAGGACGAGAAGGCAACAUGUUGUGGCCCAACAUGUCAGAAAAUUUCCAAAUCAAAAUUCAGUCGGCGCUGGCGUCGCUGGAACCGGCUCUGUCGGAGGAAUUGUCGUUUAGCAGUCAAAUCAGUGCCGUUUUAUUGGCUGGUAAUUAUUCUAGUGUUCCUCAACACUUUGACCAUCUCUUCAGAACAUUACAACCAGCCUGAGUGGCUUACACAAGUACAGGAUGUGGCCAAUAAAGUUCUGCUGGCCCUGUUCACUUGUGAGAUGUUGGUGAAGAUGUACAGUCUGGGCCUGCAGGCUUAUUUCGUUUCCCUCUUUAAUCGUUUUGACUGCUUUGUGGUGUGUGGAGGCAUCACGGAGACGAUUCUAGUGGAGUUUGAGAUCAUGUCACCUCUCGGCAUCUCAGUGUUUCGAUGUGUGCGACUGCUCAGGAUCUUUAAAGUCACACGUCACUGGGCAUCUCUCAGUAACCUGGUGGCAUCUCUGCUGAACUCCAUGAAGUCCAUCGCCUCUCUCCUGCUCCUGCUCUUCCUCUUCAUCAUCAUCUUCAGCCUCCUUGGAAUGCAGGUUUUCGGUGGGAAGUUCAACUUCGAUGAGACACAAACGAAGAGGAGUACCUUUGAUAACUUCCCUCAGGCCUUGCUCACUGUGUUUCAGAUCCUGACUGGUGAAGACUGGAAUGCCGUCAUGUAUGACGGCAUAAUGGCGUAUGGUGGCCCAUCAUCAUCCGGAAUGAUGGUGUGCAUCUACUUCAUCAUCCUCUUCAUUUGUGGAAAUUACAUUCUUCUGAAUGUAUUCUUGGCUAUCGCUGUGGACAACCUGGCAGACGCAGAGUCCCUGAACACAGACAACGACGAUAAGAAGAAAGGCGAUGAAAAUGAGGAAAAUGAAGAUGUCAAGGCUGGAGAGGAGGAUGAGAAGGACAACGCAGAGGAGGAUGAAGAUGAGCCAGACGUUCCAGCAGGGCCCCGCCCACAGAUCUCAGAACUUGUAAAGAAGGAGAAAAUCACUCCGAUUCCAGAGGGCAGUGCGUUCUUCAUCUUUAGCAAAACAAACCCAAUUCGAGUCGCAUGCCACAAGCUGAUAAACCAUCACAUCUUCACCAACCUCAUACUCGUGUUCAUCAUGCUAAGCUCCGCCUCCUUGGCUGCUGAGGAUCCAAUCAGAAACUUCUCUGCCCGCAACAUUAUACUUGGUUACUUUGACUAUGCUUUCACGGCUAUCUUUACUGUAGAGAUCGUGUUGAAGAUGACAACGUACGGUGCAUUUCUCCACAAGGGGGCUUUCUGCAGGAACUACUUCAAUCUUCUUGAUCUGCUGGUGGUCGGUGUGUCUCUGGUCUCUUUUGGAAUACAAUCAUCGGCCAUCUCCGUGGUGAAGAUCCUGAGAGUCCUAAGGGUGCUACGUCCGCUCAGGGCCAUAAACAGAGCUAAAGGACUCAAGCAUGUGGUCCAGUGUGUGUUUGUGGCCAUCAGGACUAUUGGAAACAUCAUGAUUGUCACUACACUGCUGCAGUUCAUGUUCGCCUGCAUUGGCGUACAGCUCUUCAAGGGGAAGUUUUAUCGUUGUAACGAUGAAGCCAAGUCCAGCCCAGAGGAGUGCAAGGGAACGUAUAUAAUGUAUAAGGAAGGAGACAUGAAUCAGCCAAUCAUUCAGAAGCGCCAGUGGCACAACAGCGAUUUUAACUUUGAUAAUGUUCUUAUGGCCAUGAUGGCUUUAUUCACAGUGUCCACAUUUGAAGGCUGGCCAGCGUUGUUGUACAAGGCCAUUGACUCCAACCGUGAGAACAUGGGUCCCAUCUACAACUACCGUGUGGAGAUUUCCAUCUUCUUCAUCAUCUACAUAAUCAUCAUCGCAUUCUUCAUGAUGAACAUCUUCGUGGGUUUUGUGAUCGUGACCUUUCAGGAACAGGGAGAGAAAGAGUACAAAAACUGUGAGCUGGACAAGAACCAGCGUCAGUGUGUGGAAUAUGCAUUAAAAGCACGUCCUCUGAGAAGAUACAUCCCAAAGAACCCGUAUCAGUAUAAGUUCUGGUAUGUAGUGAACUCCACCGGCUUCGAGUACAUCAUGUUUGUGCUGAUCUUACUCAACACCAUCUGUCUCGCCGUGCAGCAUUACGGUCAGUCUGAGCUGUUUAACUAUGUCAUGGACAUUCUAAACAUGGUCUUCACUGCUGUCUUCACUGUGGAGAUGGUACUCAAACUGAUCGCUUUCAAACCCCGGGGGUAUUUUGGGGAUGCCUGGAACGUCUUUGAUGCUUUGGUUGUGAUCGGCAGCAUUGUAGACAUAGUGCUCAGUGAGACUGAUCAUUAUUUCACAGACGCAUGGAACACGUUUGAUGCCUUAAUCGUUGUCGGUAGCGUCGUAGAUAUUGCUAUCACUGAAGUCAACCCCACAGAGGCACCACAGGUGGAUGAGGCGGGGAACACAGAGGACAGUGCUCGCAUCUCCAUCACCUUCUUUCGGCUUUUUCGAGUAAUGCGAUUGGUCAAGUUGCUGAGCAGGGGGGAAGGCAUUAGGACCCUUCUUUGGACUUUCAUCAAGUCUUUCCAGGCUCUGCCGUAUGUCGCUUUACUGAUAGCUAUGCUGUUCUUCAUCUAUGCUGUGAUUGGCAUGCAGGUAUUUGGGAAGAUUGCUAUGGUGGACCACACGCAGAUCAACAGAAACAACAACUUUCAGACAUUCCCUCAGGCUGUGCUGCUGCUCUUCAGAUGUGCAACAGGUGAGGCCUGGCAGGAGAUCAUGUUGGCAUGUAUGCCUGGGAAGCUGUGUGACCCAGAAUCAGACUAUAAUCCUGGAGAAGAGAUGACCUGUGGAAGCAGCUUUGCCAUACUCUACUUCAUCACCUUCUACAUGCUCUGCGCCUUCCUGAUCAUUAACUUGUUUGUGGCUGUCAUCAUGGAUAACUUUGACUAUCUGACACGUGAUUGGUCGAUUCUGGGGCCACAUCACCUUGACGAAUUUAAGAGGAUUUGGUCAGAGUACGAUCCAGAGGCCAAAGGCAGAAUAAAACAUCUCGAUGUAGUGACGUUGUUACGGCGCAUUCAGCCUCCUCUUGGCUUUGGCAAACUUUGUCCUCAUAGAGUCGCUUGCAAAAGACUGGUGGCCAUGAACAUGCCUCUGAACAGUGACGGCACUGUCAUGUUCAAUGCUACACUUUUCGCUCUCGUGAGAACCGCGUUGAAGAUCAAAACGGAAGGUAACCUAGAACAGGCAAAUGAAGAGCUCCGAGCUGUUAUUAAGAAGAUCUGGAAAAGGACGAGCAUGAAACUUCUGGAUCAAGUGGUGCCCCCUGCUGGUGAUGAUGAGGUAACGGUGGGGAAGUUCUAUGCCACUUUCCUGAUACAGGACUACUUUAGGAAAUUCAAGAAACGCAAAGAGGAAGGCCUUGUGGGCGUGCAUCCAGCACAGAACAACACAGCCAUCGCACUGCAGGCUGGCCUCCGUACACUGCAUGACAUUGGGCCAGAAAUUCGCCGUGCAAUAUCAUGUGACCUGCAGGAUGAUGAGCUAGUAGACUUUUUACCAGAAGAGGACGAAGAAAUUUAUAGGCGAAAUGGUGGACUUUUUGGCAACCACAUCAACCACAUAAAUGGAGACCCGAGAAGAAGCUCUGGCCACCAGACAAAUGCGACACAGCGCCCCCUACAAGUGCAGCCUCCUCCACAUUACGCCCACAUGGAACAACCCAUGGGGCGUCUGGGCCGUGCCAAUGCCAUGGCGCAGCAGAACCACCAUCGACACCACCACCAUCAUCACCACCAUCAUCACAAUUCCUACAAGUCGCCAAAGUCUACCAACAUCAACCUCAACAACGCCAACAUGUCCAGUUUACCCAACGGAGGACACAAUCGGUACUAUGAGCAUAUGCCUCCUAACGGCUACCCAGGAUCGUACCACGGGGAAUACGACAAGUCCAGGACCUCACACGGGCAAAGAAGUCGCUACUAUGAGACGUAUAUUAGAUCACAUGGCAGUGAGAGAAGACGACCAAUAAUACGUCGUGAAGAGGAGUACGAUGAAGAUCGCUACUCUGGCGAGUACUACAGUGGAGAGGAGUUUUAUGAAGAUGACAGCAUGCUGUCGGUUGAUAGGUACCCCAAUAGUGACCAGGAGUACGAGACGCCACGGGGUUACCAUCAUCCUGACAGUUACCAUGAUGAUGAUGAGCAGCCCCUUUAUCAUGAUUCACAUAGGUCGCCAAAGAGAAGACUGCUUCCUCCAACACCACAAGGUAAUCGGAGACCGUCUUUUAAUUUUGAGUGUCUGCGCAGACAGAGCAGUCAAGAUGAUCUUCCUCACCAGCGUACUGCUCUUCCGUUACAUCUCAUGCAACAUCAGGUGAUGGCAGUAGCAGGUCUAGACUCCAGUAGGGCUCACAAGCUUUCACCUACACAAUCUACCAGAUCAUGGGCGUCACCUCCACCCACUCCUGCGAGUAAAGACCAAACGCCCUACUACACACCACUCAUCCGCGUGGACCGCCCUCUAAGGGACAGCGUCAGCAGCAGUCACUCGUCCAUACGGAAGAGCUCCUGGUAUACAGACGACCCUGAGUACCAGCAAAGGAAAAACUCGCCUGUUCAUCUGCAGGUCCCACCUGAGUACAGAAACCAAUACUACCAAAAGAGAGGCAGUGCAACCAGCCUGGUGGAGGCGGUCUUGAUAUGCGAAGGCUUGGGUCGAUACGCCAAGGAUCCGAAGUUCGUGGCUGCCACAAAGCACGAGAUUGCAGACGCAUGUGAGAUGACCAUCGAUGAGAUGGAGAGUGCUGCCAGCCACCUCCUAAAUGGCAGCAUUACGCCAGGAGUCAAUGGCGUUACUGUGUUCCCUAAACUGGGUCACAAAGACUACGAGCCACAAGAUGUCUCGGCUAGCUACAGUGAUGAAGAACCGGAGCCAGAACCUAGACCGCAGUACGAGGAGGACCUGGCAGACGAAAUGAUAUGUAUUACCACUUUAUAGCAUCUGGUUAGCGGCUAAUGCUAACAUGACCACUUUAUAGCAUCUGGUUAGCGGCUAAUGCUAACAUGACCACUUUAUAGCAUCUGGUUAGCGGCUAAUGCCAACAGAUUAGUAUGUUCCUCAAAAACUGAUAAACGAAACAAAUAUAAAGAAUAUUUAUUGGCUUACCACCUAAAGAAGUGCCUUUACAGCGGAACAGAAAGGCACCAAAAGAAUGGAUGCGUUGGGCCCACCCACUCACUUACUGUUCAGCCAGGAUCUAAUUUGCCGGCAUUUCGACUUGUUUUUUAAUAGAAUUAAUAUGGGGACUGCCCCUAACUUGAUGUCGAGCUCUGGAAGUGAACUUUGGUUGUCUGUGCUUUCACUGCUGGAAAUGGACCAAUGAGCAGCGAGGGGAGGUACCCGGAGGCAGUCUGUUUCCAAGGUGAUGACAAUCAAAGCAAAUAUGUCAUUACCUCAGUCAUUUUAUUGAGGGUUUUGCAUAUCAAGCACGUUGCAAGCUCAAUGCAAGCUAAGUAUGGCAUAUCCCUCGACAAAGGCUUUAGUUUAAUUUUACAACCCACACUUUAUUUUAGUAACGUCAAGGUACAACUGCAUAUUUUAGAGAACAAAUGCUAAUUAUACAACGCUGGUUUACAAUAAGGAUAUCAUGCAGAGUUGUGGUAAACUGGACACACUUUACAAGAGAAUUUCAGCAUUUUUGUUGAAUGCACUAGCAGACAGGUUAUUUUUUAAAUUUAGGAUAGCCUGUUUUAUAUUUCAUAAUAUGCUGUAAAUGACUUGUAACAUAUAAUGCAAAAGAAAACUUUGUAAAGAGACAUAUAUUUUGUAAUUAUGUACUGUACAAAAAAGUCAGCAAUAUUAAUCCUAAUUGAUGUUAUUGCAUUACAAAAAAUAAGAAAUUUGGUGUUAUUUUAAUAGGAACUGGACUUUAUUAAAUUAUUUGCCUUUAUUCUUUGCUCAUAUGCAUUCUUACUCGUUUGUGAAAAAUAUAAAAAAGCCAAUUUUAUAUGAGGUUAUGUCUGUGACACACCCGCACAAGAUAUGCAAGUUGUUUCUUCAGUGUCUGUUUUCAUAGGCGUAACCAAUGUAGUGUUCCUUUAAAAUCUACGGCAUGCAGUAUUGGUCACAAAACGUUGACCUCCUUUAAGGAGAUUUCAGUAGGGCUUACAGAAUUGUCUUAAUUGUUCAUGUGUGUAUAUUGAAAGAGUCUUUUGAAUAGGACUUCCCACUUUAAGGGUUUGUGUGUGUUUUGUUGCAUAUUUUGUGCAGGGGAGGUGCACAGUAGGGUGCAAUGGUAAAUGUUUUGUGCAUUUACAAUGCUGCUUAAUUAGUCUGCAGGUAAACUGUACGACCCUCUCCAGGAACAUGCUGCCAUAUGGAAAAGCCUGCUGCCAUUGGCUGAUCUAUAAACAGCUGAUCUUGGAAUAGCAUACCUGCUCCCUGACUACUGCAAGGGGAAACCCAAAGCUAGUUCCAGAUCAACGAUUCAUUUCCAACAAAAUUAUUGGGUGUUUUGUGCCCUUAUAUAUUGAAAUAUUCCUUUAGGUUUUAUAAGAACAGUGAUGAUGAUAAAGAAAAAGAUUAUGACAAAAAAAAUGUAUUAUGUGUAAGUUAUGGGUUGCUUGAAGUGUAUGUUCACAUCAUGCUUCCUUAAAGGGAUAGUUCACCCAAAAAUUAAAAUUCUGUCAUUAUUUACUCACACUCAUGUUGCUCCAUCAUUUCAUGUUGCUCAAAUUUUUCAAGAAUCUUUAAAAGUUCAUAGUAGCCACAUCUGUCAAGCCCUAAAAAGGACAAUAAAACAUAGAAUUACCUUAAAAGUAGUCCAUAUGUUUCAUGCGCUAUAUUCCAUGUCUGAAGCUGUAUGAGAAUGUUUGUGUGAGAACAGGCAAAAAUUUAAGUACAUGUUCACUGAAGAUCUUCCCUUCCACUGGAGCUUUCAGUUUUCUAUGCUGCAUAUUCAAAUUGGCACUGUGUUCAGUUACGACACACACAUACACAUACAUAUAUAUGUGUGUGUGUGUGUGUGUGUGUGUGUGUGUAUAUAUAUAUAUAUAUAUAUAUAUAUAUAUAUAUAUAUAUAUAUAUAAAAUUAUUAUUUUUAUUUUUUUUAUCUGAAUGCAGACACAAUGAGAUUUCAGAGUGUUCGCAAAGGGGAAGAUUAUUAGUGAAUAACGACUUUAAUUUGUUCUGUUCCUCAUACAGAGCUUUUGUUCAGCUUUCGUAGACUUGAAAUAUAGCACAAGUCAUAUGGACUAUAUUUAUUUAUUUAUUUAUUUUUGGUCCUUUUAGGGCUUGACAUGUGGUUACUAUGAACGUUGUAUCAAAAAGUUCCACGUUAAUAUUUUUAGAAUAGUUUUCUUUUUGUUCAACAGAAAACAAAUAACAGCGUAUGGGUUUGGAAUGACAUAAAGGUGAGUAAAUAAUGAGGGGUUUUUUGUGCGUGGGUUUUUUUUUUCUUUUUUUUUUUCUUUUUUUUAGAUUAACUAUUCCUUAUAGGCAGGGCAAGAAACUGGUUAAGCAAUACCGAUCCCCCUUUCCCCCUCCUUUGUUUCUCUAUUUUGCAUUUAUAUUUUCUCACUUCAGCUGGCUUCUGCAAAUACCUCUUUUAGUGCAGGGGAAACAUAUCAGCAUUUGAAUCAUCCUUUUUGUGAGCGUUUUUACCUUUUAAGGUGUUGUAAAUUCUGAGCCUUUUCUUUAGGCCUCAACACUGGAUUACAUGAUUCAUCUGACCUUUUGUCACUUCCAAAAAACAAAUUAAUGCUAAGCAUUAAGGGCAAAACAUUUUUGAUUGCAAAGGCCAUUGCCUUGAAGUGUAAAGCUUCAGAAAAGGGAUAGUUCACCCAAAAAUAACAAUUCUGUCACCAUUUACUCAUGCUAAUGAUGUUCCAAACCAGAAUAAUUUUCUUCUGUGGAACACAAAAGAUGUUAGACAGAACGUUAGCCUCAGUCACUAUUCACUUUCAUUGCAUCUUUUUUCCAUGCAAUAAUAGUAAAUGGUGACAGAGGCUUUUUGGAAUGAUGUGGUGGUUAAUGGUGAAAACGUUUUUAUUUUUGGGCGAACUAUUCCAUUAGAUUAGGGGAAAAAUGGGUUUGUUGGAAUUAUUGUUUGAGUGUUGUUGAUCUAUUGUGUUUUGGAAGAGUACUGUGCUUUUCAGUCAACCGAAUACUGUCAUGAAACUUGUGGGUUCAACCACUGCAUGUGCACAUCUGAAAGGGCUCUUUGAAAUGAUCCGUGCGAGAAAAAAAAAUACAUUUGUGUUUUGGUCUUCAUGUCGAUUAUACUGUAUCUUGUAAACGGACCAAUGCACAUUCUUGGCACAUUGUACUAUUCGUAGCAAUUACUUGUAAGGAUAAAAAUAUAUGCAUUAUUUUUAAUUAAAAAAAAAAAAGUUUAAAAAAAAAACUUGGUAAACUAAAUAUUUAACUUUUACCUUGUGUCAGGGACUACUGAAAAAAAAAAAAACAACAACAAAAAAAAAAAACAUUUUUCUUAAUAUACCAGUGGGGUUUUACUCUUAGCACAUUGCUGUUUGUCUUUGCACAAUUUACUGUAACGUGCAAUUUGUUUUCCCUGUUUUCUAUUCAUAUUUUGUGUAUAAAGGUGGGCGAAUUUUGUACUUUUUUUCUGUGACUGUACGUAUGGUUUUGUGAAAUAUAUAUUUGUCAUUUGCAUCUCACCUUUCAGUGCUGGGACUAACAGAAAAUGAAAAGUAUUAUACACGUUUUCGGAGCCACAUCUGUUGAUUUAUCAUAUUUUCAUCUAGAGUUGUUGCCACUACUAUUAUUUAAUUUUUCUUAUUAAUGCUGUAAGGGAAAAUAAGAUUAUAUUGUAACAUAUGUACAAAAGUAAUGGCAAAAUGCGUGGUAAUGCUUUCCAUUUGAAAGUUCUUAUCUUUGCUCUGAUAUGGUUUUUACUCCAUGAAGGAAAAAAAGAAAAAAAGAUUUUCUCUUCGUAGCAGAUGACUUCUAAUAUCCCUCUAGGUUUUGUUUUGAAUUUUUUUUUUUUUUUUUUUGGCCUGGACUUGAUUUUAAUCAAUACUGAAAUUUUAUUUUCUAAUGAUUAAUAAUGAAUAAAACCUAAUGAAAAAACAAAGAAUUGUGUCACUUAUCUGUUUGUAUACAAAAACAUGACAUUGCAAUAAAUAACAUAG